GCGCAAGGAGGGAGGCCACAGCCAGCGAGCUCCGUGCGGGCUGCGGAGGAUGUCGACCCCGCUGCGGGGACACGCUCCGGGCGGGAUGCUGGUGUCCAGUCGGCUGUCUCUCGUUCAGUCGGCCUGCGCCUGCAGCCCUCUGCACUCAUGAAGCCCCCGCUGAUGAAGCCCCGAGCUGCCAAAGUGAGGCGGAAAGUGGCCGGAGACAGAGAGCAUGUACUGGCGCGUCGGGUUUGCCUGGACGCGGUCGUGUGUGGUUGAUCUUGGCCAGAACCAGAGCUUCUCCUCCGGCCUGCUGGGCUCCGAUGAGCAGCUCUCGUUUUAUGGGUACAUCAUCGCCUGCCCACUGCAGGACUACGGCGGGAUAAUGUCCGCGCUGGGCUCGGACUCGUGGUGGCGGAAAACGCUGUAUUUGACCGGAGGGGCUCUGCUCGCUGCCGCUGCUUAUUUGCUGCACGAAUUGCUGGCCAUCAGAAAGGAGGAAGAGCUGGACUCUAAAGAUGCCAUCAUACUCCACCAGUUCUCCAGGCCCAAAACCGGUGUCCCGUCCCUGUCCCCUUUCUGCCUUAAGAUGGAGACCUACCUCCGUAUGGUUGACCUGCCCUACAAGAACUACUUUGAUGGGAAGCUUUCACCGCAGGGAAAGAUGCCGUGGAUCGAAUACAACCAGGAGCAGGUGUGUGGCACCGAGUUCAUCAUCGACUUCCUGGAGGAGAGGCUGGGUGCGAGCCUCAACAAGAGCCUGACGCCGCAGGAGAGGGCCAUGUCUCGCGCCAUCACCAAAAUGGUGGAGGAGCAUUUCUACUGGACCAUAGCUUACUGUCAGUGGGUGGACAACCUGGAGGAGACCCAGAAGAUGCUGUCUGUGAGCGGACCACUGAGCGACCUGCUCAAGUGGAUCCUGAGUCACCUGACCGGCGGGAUCGUCAAGAGGGAGAUGUAUGGGCAUGGGAUUGGGCGCUUCUCUAAGGAGGAAGUUUACGCCCUCAUGGAGAAGGACAUGCGGACCCUGGCCACUUUACUAGGCGAUAAGAAGUAUCUUAUGGGCUCUAAGCUUUCGACAGUAGACGCUGCAGUGUUCAGUCACCUGGCCCCUGCUAUGUGGACACUGCCAGGAACACGGCCGGAGCAGCUAAUUAAAGGUGAGCUCAUCAACCUGGCCAUGUACUGCGACCGUAUCCGCCGGCGAUUCUGGCCCGAGUGGUUCGUGGACCUGGAGGACUUCUGCUACAACAACACCACAGAGUGCAGCGACUCAGCCUCUAAGCUCCCUGACCUGGGCCUUUACUCCCGCACGGGCUCUUUCCAGGACGACACGCACACUUCGCACACUCACACGCCACAGCACCCGCCGCCGUCGCCCGACAGCGACCCAACGGGCCACUCGCUGUAUGACUCUGACAUGGACACGGAGUGCUCUGAAAUUGACCAGCUCAAGUGUUGACAAAACAUACAGAUAUAGUGCACACCACGCAUAUACGCACACCACAGGAGGGAGCUGCGUCCCACCUGUACUCAUGCCCCCUACCUCUUUGAACAGAAAAUAACUGGGGAGUAUUCCUGUGUCAGCGGAGAAGUUGAGGACCGAGAGGUUUGCAGUAGAGGGAAAAGGGAGUGAAACGUAGGCCAAAAGUGAGAGAAAAAAGAAUGAGAAAGCAGAAAAGCUGCAGUGAAGGGGAAGAGGAAAGAGAGGCAGAAUAAAAGUGAGAACCAGAAGUAGAGAAACCAGGAGUAAAUGACGCCGCCGCUGAGAAACUCCUCCACGUGGUCGACGUCACCUGCAGUCACAACCUGUCACCUGUCGUAACCGUGGCAACUAAAUGUGUGUGUGACUCGUUAUCCUCGUAGCAACUCACGCCACCCAGCCAUGUGUGUGUUUGACUAACUGAACCCUUAACGCCUUGUAUUGAUAUGACACGUGGGGAACUGUACAGGAUUUCUGUGAAUGAAUACAAUUCAGUGUAAAUAUUUAUAAAUGGAUCUGAUUCUGAAAUUUAACAGAUAGAAUAUUUGAUUAUAUAUGAUUAUAAAUAGUAUAGAUAGCCCUCAAAUAUAGAUCCACCCCCUCUGUCAUGUGUAAAUUCUGUAGGUGUUUCUCCUGUGAAAUCCCUUUUGUGUUGGACUCAAUGACCAAAUCGUCUUGUAAUAGUCUCUGUGAAUAACCACUCUGCUGGUCCCCCCCCCACACACACACACAUUAGAAGCAACAUACAUUUUCAGGUGCCUGUGUUGUUUGGCUUUUCACUGAGGACAGUAGCUUUAGGUCAAAUAGACAUUUUACAUGCAUUCAAGCAUUGAGAGCGAGUCAAACAAUCAUGUAGAAAUAGAUGAAAUAGAUAUAUUGUCUGAAUGAAAGUGCAUGGAUGAUACGUGCCAAUGAAGAUCUCCCUUUAGGCUUCACGUUGAUAAUGCUGUCUAUGUUUCUUAGCUGGCUUAUUCAUUAAGUUUGAUGUGUGUUUGUCUGUGCCUCUGGACAAAUGAGCCACACAAACACCAAUUGAUCUUAAUAAAUUACUUCUUUUCCUUUUCGGCAGAAUCA